AUGAGCAGCCCGAAUGGCCGUAAGAAACCACGUCCCUGUAUUGUGGGACUGAAUCCUUAUCCAGUCGUCUUCAAGAAGCUCAUGGUGGUAGGGAGACCAGUGUCCAUGGUUACCAGCAGAUUCAUCGAGUUGAAGGCUGCCAUAGGCGCGCGCUCGUCUGCCAUCAACCGGCUGAGGAAGACCCACGGCUCGCACCCGCCGAGCGGCUCGGGCGUUAUUGAACCAGCUGCGAACUUGCCUCACGGUGAGAUUGGCUUGAUGUGCGAUGCGUUCUAA